CUGAGUUCAGUGAGUUGGACUCGGUCUGCGAUCCCGAGCCUGAUCCUAUGGCUCAGGACAGAUGGAGGCGGAGCCGUGGUCUGAUCCGGAUGACCUGGCGGUGGACUCAGAGCCAGGAGGUUCUAAUGAGGACCGGGACAACGCUCCUCUCACCGAGAUGAUGCGUCCUCAGACGUGUGCUUUUAGUACAGGCACUGUGCAGCCUCCCCCUCCACCUCGACGUUCGAGUGCUCGUGACGUUCCACUGCAAGGCCUAGAGGAUCGGGUUGAGGGCAUGAUUCCACACCCUCUGACAGAUUGUCGUGGACAUGACGAGCAGGGAAGUCGGGGAGAUGCUGAGGAGGGAGACGACGACGACGACGGUGUCGGGAGGGGGUACGAGGGGAGCAGUGAGGACGAUGAUGAUCCCAACUAUUCCCCGACACGCCGACGUGGUGAUGAUGACGAUGGCGGCGGCGACGAGGUCGCAGCCUCCCCUGGUCAGUUUGUUGAGGUUGCAGUCGGGUCUGCAAAGGUUGUUGCCGCGUCGGCAGAGGUUGCAGCUGGUUCUGCAGAGGUUGCUGCCUCGUAUGCAGAGGCUGUUGCAAAGUCGGCAAAAACUGCAGUCGGGUCUGUAGAGAUUGAUGGCGUGGCUGCAGAGGUUGGGAGGGCAUCUACACAGUUCGGUGCCAUAUUCAGCGACGACAUGUUUGGUGCUUUGUUGGGGCUUCCUCCGACGCCGACAGGCGAGCGUGGUAGUGGUGGUGUGGACGCACAAGCUAUGCCCAUCAGUCAGAUCCUUAGAGGUUUGCCUGCAUGCAGCGUGGGUGACAUCAGUAGCAGCAUGUUGUGGGAGGUAGCGGAGGAGACACAGUGUUCGUUGGGGCAGCAUGAGCAUGUAGUAGGGGAUGUUGGGGGUUGUGGACCUGUGCAGGAACGAGUGACAGAGUCGGAGCAGGAAAGGACCGACCGCGAGAAGAGGGAAAGGGUGCUGGAGUUGGCCAGGCGUUGUGAGAUGACACAGAGUAUUUCGGCGAGGGCACGUGCAGAGCGGAUGCUCGAGACAAGUGAUGGUGCAGGCCAUUGUAUGGCGGAGGAUGCAGAGGUUGAGUGUGGCGGUGCAGUCGGUGGGGACGCAGGCGAGAGACCUGCAUCACUUGUUCAUGGUGUUUGUGUAUUGCCAUUCGCUGGAGCUUUGUCGGCGGAGGAGUUUGAGCGGCAAGCACGUGAGGACCCAUUGUGGGCAGAUCGACGGGGACGGAUGGAUGAGGCGUCCAGGAGGGUCAUGGCAGAGGGCCCAGCUUAUGUGUCGUGCAGCCCGUCAAUACCAUCGUCUACCACAGAUGUCAUUCUGACCACACAUCCCGAGGGUCCAGGCCCGACACCGAGUCCCGCAUCGGCACCUGCAGGGGAGUCUCCUUCUCCCAAGUCACGGAAGAAGAAGAUGAGAGCAGGAAAGGGUCGUCUUAGUACUGUCAGGAGCGUGACCCACCAGAUGAGGGUGAGUCAGCCUGGGUUGGCCGGUUUACAUCCACGGACCCUGGAGGCAUUGGGCAGGAACGUUGUCGCGUAUGAAGUAGGUUGGAGGGAGAGGGCCUCUACCCGGGGGACGGAGCAGCCGAUGAGCGCACCUGCUGAGGCGGCGGUGCCACGUCCUAGAGGGCGGACUUCCACUACCACUACGAAGGAGCUCGACGAGCACAGUCACGCCCCCGGAAGGAGCAUGGCCGGACGUAUAUUGGGGGUGGAUGUGAGGGCACUGACGACGCAGCGAUCGUCACAAACACCCGUCGGUUGGGAGUCAGGUUCCGACGAUUUGGAGAUGCCUAUUGGCCAGCGGAAGAGGGUUUCUGUAUAGGACAUUCUUCGAGCACGGGGCGGGGUCGAGGCGGCAGCACAGGGAGGGACUCGUGCUCCGAACACGGGGAACGGGCCGGUAGGUGGCACAAGUGGCGGGGAUGGUACCACUAGUGUGGCGCCGCGGAGGAGGAGGAAGGACAUUGUGGAUGACGAUGAUGCUUAAUCUCUCCUGUCCUCUAUUUCCUAGUAGUGUAUAGUACCUUCAAUAUUUCAGAUGAGGUCAUAUGUUUAUAGGUGCAGUAUGUGCAGCUCGUCAUGUCUGGAUGCGUAUUCGCAUCGAUGUUUCAUGAGAUUGCACAUCGUCUUCAUAGAUAGGUGCAGUAGGUGCAGUAAGUGUAGUAGGUGCAGUUUUUGUUUGUUUUCGUUGUUUUUUUUCUAUUGAUGUUUCUGACAAUUGCACACUUUCUAUUCAUGUUUCAAACAAUUGCACACUUUCUUCAAACAUAGGUGCAGUAGGUGCAGUUUUUGUUUUUUUUCCCUUUUAUUUUUCUAUUGAUGUCUUAGACGAUUACACACUUUCUUCAUACAUCGUUUGACUGAGUUCACUCUCCGUGUUUCUUUUAUUGUGGUGUGUUUAUGGUGCAUCUAUUUCGCCUUGUUUUCGUUGGCCAGUCAUGUUUCAGUUUCGAAAUUUCUGCAAUGAAUGUUACUCGAUGCU